CUUAGCCAGAGCAGAAUUUGACCAUAAUAAGUGCAAAUUCAUUGCAUCUUGCCCUGCAAGAGACGGAUUGUCCACAAGCAAUCUCUAAAAAUUCUGUUCUUUAUUUAAAUAUUUUUUUAGUUGAUUUCAUUAGGCAUUCUCUGUUUUCUGGGCCAAGAGUGCUCAUAGAGAAAUAUAACUGAACUUUUUCUCUAAGCAGAAUUCCAUCCAUCAUCAAUAAUUACUUAUAAAUUCACUACUAAAUCAAUUGGAGUAUAAUCCCAGAUAUGCAGGCUCUUCCCAAGUGUAUUUUGCAGUAUUGAUGUUUCCACACAGCCUGAGCUUCAGUUCAGCAGGUGAAGUGCUCCAACCUGCACCCUACUUCCUAUGCUCAGGGACCACAGGCAAACUCCCACAGCCUAGUGGUGCAAAUUUAUUGCUUCAGAGGCAAAGAGGCAGUACUUGCUCCCUUCUUUUCUGAGACUUCAGCAUUGACAACAAAAGGUUUUAGUAAAGUAAAGCUUUUCUGGGUAGCAUUACUUCAGUAUCCAUAGUAAUGGAAAAGGUUCUGGGUCCUGCUUACUUUGCUUGACUUCUUGUUGGCCUCAGUCUCACUCAUAUCACCAAUUCUCAUUUCUGCUAAAGAAAAAAAAGGCAGGAGAGUAUUCCUGAAAAUAUCAUGCCACAUUCACAGCUUAUUUUACUUGACAUUUGACAAACCUGUGUUUGUUAGAGGGAUCUACCACAUCUAGUUAGUGAUAGAUAAAUAUUUGGGAAUGUGCUCAAAAAGGCAGGGUUAUCAAUACAUCAUUGUCAGAACAGAAAUGCAGUUCCUGGAAUCUUCAUUGGGACUUUUUGCAUUCACAUGCUUAUCUAGGUUUUGGCACAAGUGCUCAGCACCUCCCAUGCUGUGUUACCCAGCUAGGAAACAAAUUAAAUAAAUACCACUUAACAAGUGUCAUUUUGUUUUAAAAUUUGAAUACAUGUAAUAAAUGACUUCUAAGUUAGCACUCAUUAUAUCAAAAGCAAAAAUUACAUAUGCACUCUACUGAACAAAUCUGAAUGUAACUGUUUUGGAAUACUCCUUGCAAAAUAUCUGAAAGCUGGGAAAAUCCCAUAUGUCUGACCCAGCAAGAUGAAAGACAAGAUGCUGCUGCUGCUCCUGGUGCUAAUUGAUUUCAGCAGGAGAAGCACUGCAGGAGAGCUUGCAAAGGCCCAAGAUCCUACUGGGUGGAUCCUACUAAAUUUGAGUUUUAAAUUUGGUCUAUUAUGAUGUGCCAUAGUACCAAUUAUACUUAUUGCUAAAUUCCAAUCUCCAUUUGGGAUUUCAUCUCUUCAUAAAAUUGCUUAUAACUUGACAAAUUGCUUUUAUUUGAACUAUGUUUGUUUUCAGGCCAAAAGUGAUUUUUUUCCCCCCUUGAAAAAUUAUGAAUAAAGUCAGAACAGCAAAAGCAUUCACUGAACUCUAAGAGCUGAUACAAGCUGGUUUAUAUUUUUUUCCCCCUCCCCCAAAUUUCCGAGGGCUCAGAAAUGUUUUCCAAAUCAUUUCCAAACUGAGAUGCCUUUGCAACAUGAAAAGUGCACCUAGAAAUUUCUCACCACCACCCAUCCAGAAAAAAUACAUACCAUGAGCUAUUGCACAAUAAUAACUUCCUUCUAAGCUUUCUCUUCUGAAGUGUUUUCUCUUAAUUAUCACAAUUGUUACAAAUAUCUAGAGAACACAGCAAACUAAUUCUGGGAACUACCAUGGUGGCUUCUUGUAGCACAGACAAGGAGCAAUUUGUGUGUCUAAAACAUAUACUGCCAUUUUAGAUACCAGAACACUUACACAGGACUGACAGAUACCAGAUGGGCCAGAAGAAACCCUACCACCAGCCAGAGGUCUUCCCUAAAGAAGGGAUUUCCUAAGUUAUAAAUUGGCUCUACAUACGUGCAUUUAGGCAGGCAGGCAGUCAGACAAGUCAGAUAACUGAUGAUGUAGUGCAUUGAGAACUAGGAGCUGAAUUACACUGUCAGCUACUCCACAUGCACAUUCUCUCUCUGGGAAGUAGGUAAGAUAGCUCACCCCGCUUUCAUUUAUGGAUAACAAGCUGAAAGUUCACAUGAAUCAUGAAUAAACCUUGCAGUAUUUGUGGGCUGAGUGCCAUAUAAAGACAGAAAUAGAAGUGUUAAUACAGCAAAAAAUCCAACAGUAUAAAUAUUAAUAAUGUCUAAAGCAAUUAAAUCAUAGGGCUGCCUUCAGGAAAGAUAUGAAAGCUUUUGGAGUAAAGGUUUGUUGCAUUCAGCCCAGAAUGUUCAAAACAACAUUAUGAAAUCCAGCAAAGAUUACAAAAGAGAAAGUUAUAUGAAGCAAGAUUCUCCCAGAUAUUAAAAUGCAAUAUUAAGGAAAGGAGCACUUUCAAAAAGGUGAGGCAAUUUCCAGACAUUUUUGUCAAAAGAAGCAAUACAUUUCUCACUGAGAAAGCCUUGCAAAGUAGCAUUAUAUCUCCUCAUAAUUCUGACUUUUUGGAAAUACUGUCAUAUGAAAAGCUAAUCUUAAAUGCAUCUGCACCACAAUAUGACUAUCCACAUAUAUUUGGUCUAGAAAGAUUUAUUCAAAUCUCAGUUAAAGAUUAAUUAUUCAUGUUGGCAUGUAGUUUAGAGUGAACUCCCAAACAGAAAAAUUUUUAUCUGCUGAUGUAUUCAAUGUGCUCAAUGUGUUUUUUCUGUCAUUAUUGUUUGCUUAUUUAUUUAGAAAUCAAACAGAAAUCAAGAAAGUCCCUUUCUUCUGCUAGCCCCAGUGAGGAAGCAACCAUUCAGGACCUGUCAAACAGACACUUGCCAAGCCUGUUGGAGCAGGGGCUGUUUGUCUUUUGAUCCUUGGACUUUCUUGUUUCACACAGAGGCUUUUUAGAAAAGAAAGCUUUUUAUCUUUUCUCCACCAAGAUUACUCAGUUAAAAGGAUUGAUUAGGGAAACAAAGAAACUGUGAAAUGGCAGCACCUACUAUGAUCUUUAUCUUUAGGAAUUAAAGUUCGGUUGGUUGAAUUCAGUCCCUGUCAGACCACAAGUAUACCAUCAGCUGCUGUGAGACACUAUCACUGCAAACUUUAACAUUUGUAAGAAAAUAUAAACAGGAUUUGAGACAGGGCACACUAGUUGUAAAUACAUUAUUUAAAUUAUAAAUGCAGGAGAAAAAUACAAUUUGCCUAAUGUAUUACUUCUCACUGUAUGGAGGACCAGAUUGUGCUGACAUUUACUCUCCUGGGACCAGACUCCUCAUUUUGUCAAAUGCCAGCAAAAGAAGCCAGUGACUUCUGGAAAGAAGCAAACCACGGUGUGCUGUGCUAUGAGUAGCAAAAUCUGACCUGUUCACAAGGCUGUAUGAGGCAGAUGAGAAUAUAUUUAGACAUACAUUUUUAAGGACUAGAAGGGACAUUUCAUGGGGGAAGACCCAUAACAUCCACAAGGUCAGAAUGUCCUGGGGGAUUGCAUCCACAGAAUAUGGAUUGGUUUACUUGUUAGAGUCAGCACAAUGUGUGCUUCAACACCUUCACCUGUCAGCAGGAACAACUCCAGCUUCUUGCUUUUCCCUGGAGAACCAAAUUUUCUUCCCCAAUGUUAUGGUUCAAGUAUGGCAAUUUUUCCUUUCUAAGAGUCAGAGAUUUCAUUACAAAAUAUACCUAAGGAAUCAAUAGGAAAUCAGUCAAGGUCUGCUUUCUGCAGAGAAAAGCCUGUCUCAUGCCACACUGACAGAAAACUAUGAAUAGAGCUCAGAUUUUCCUUAUGUGAUUUCUUUUCCAGUAAGGUCCCCCACAUGCUGUGUUCUGAGAGAGUUGGAGGAUACUCUGUGAAGAAGGGAACUUAUUGGGAAAAUUCCCCAUUUUAAUGUUUUCUGAGAUGCUAAGCAGGUUCUAUUCAGCUUUCUGAAAUUACUUUCUGCAGUUCAAAAGCAAUUUACUGAGAAAAAAAAAACCAGCAGUACAGAGAAACUCCUUUUAUGUUUUUCUCUCCUAUUCUUGCAUGGCAAAGGAUUGCUACCCACAACAGCAGGAUCCCUGACCUGACACUGAUUGAGCAGUGUUUCCCUGCCACGGGCUUUGCAUGCUGAUGGAGUGCUGUUCUGUAAUCAUUCCAACCACACUGCAGAGCCUAUCGUUAGAAUCAGGCCAGACACAGCUCUGCAGGCACUUCUGGUAGGCUUGCCCCAGAGAGCAAAUUUUUGCCAGCCACCUGUUGAGCCCCAUGUCUCCAGCAAAAUGCACGCACAUCCCAACUGGCCCAAGGGUGCUGAAAGUACAGUAAUGACCAAUACGCAGCCUGUGGCGCUCACAAGGCAAAAGAAGAAUUUCCAGGCCCAAGCCAAAGGGAGCCAGGAGAGAAACAGGGUGGGAAGAGCUGCCCACCACGGAGAGGAUGAACUAACAACCCUGCAGUUCUUGUCAGGGACCAGCCAGACCACACGUCACCAGCCAGCCUGGGACAGGCUGCCAUUACCAUCAUCCACUCAACUGUAUGGGCAAGAUCAUUUCCAGCACCCUCCUACCACUUCACUUGGUUUCCUCAUUUUUCAUUUCCUACUCAUUCAGUUAGUUUCAAAUCAAUCUUCACAAGACAGCUUAUUCAUUCAUUUUGCUGUUGAAAAUGGUCUUUGCCCAAGCCUCCUUGCUGACUGCAGCACCUGGCACCACAGAGCACUGCGAGAUAAGAGAUAUGAGAAGCGAAAAGAAAUUCUGCUGCCAUGUUUAUGCAGCACUACUCAGAGCUGGAUCAGAAGCGCCCACCAGAUUCGGGGCCAAAGAUUAAGCAAGCAAGACACCCAGCAAUCACAUGUUAGCAUCUGUGCCCAUUCAAGCUCUAGAGAUUCUGUUUGUACAGUUUGUAGUAUCUGAGCAUUUAUUUGAGAAACAUUGAAAUUGGUUUGUUCUUAGUAUCAAAAAACUGUCCCUAGACUAGUAAAAAUAAUUUAAUCCCUGACAGUUUUUAUACAUAAAGAGGUAUUUUAAGAGAUUAAGUCACAACAACAAAAAUAUUGUUCACAUGCAAAAGAAAAGCUGGAAGUCUGAAGCAAGCUCUACUAAAUCAACAGAAGGACUCCUGAUUUCAUGACAGAGCACAGGUCUUGGCACACAAGUUUAUGAGCAAUUUGGGCUGUUUCUAUGUUCUGACACUGGAAAUAACUGGUGCAGUCAACUCAUGAGCACGUGGAGGUACAGACUGAGCUUGCAGAUGUCUCCCCAGAAUCUCUCACUUUCAGACUCAUUGAACAUAGCAGUUUUGGCUUCCAUACUUUCUCUUAUCAUUUACUGGAUCAUCAGAGACAGAUACAGAGUGAGAAACCUGGAUGGAAAGCAUAUCUUUAUAACAGGCUGUGACACGGGACUUGGAAACUCGCUGGCUAAAUGGCUUGACAAAAAGGGAUUUUGUGUCAUUGCUGCAUGUGCCACAGAACAAGGAAGCCAAGAGCUACAGUGCUGCUCUUCACUCUCACUGAAGACAGUGAAUCUGAACUUAGCAGACUCCAACAGCAUUGCCAGGGCUGUGGUGUUUGUGACUGAACAGACAGCUGGAAAGGGGCUUUUUGGCUUGGUGAGCAAUGCUGAAGGAACAGCACCUGUAGGACCCACCGACUGGCUGAGGAUUGAAGACUUCCAUUCGGUCCUGGAUGUUAGCCUGCUGGGAUUGAUUGAAAUCACACUCAAGCUUCUGCCACUUCUGAAAAAAGCAGAGGGAAGAGUUGUCAAUCUAAUUAAUGCCAAAGGUCUCAUGGCUUUUGUAGGGGGUGGCUACAGUCUGUCCAAAUGGGGCAUGGAAGCUUUCUCUGACACCUUACGGAUAGAAAUGCAGCAUUUUGGAGUGAAAGUAAGCAUUGUUGAGCAUGGUUUCUUUAAGGCAGAAGAAGUUAAUUCAGAUAUCAUUGAGAAAUACCUCUUCAAACUUUGGAACAGACUGACUCCUGAGACCAAGGGCUCCUAUGGAGAAAAAUACUUAGUUGAAUAUAUAAAAGCCCAAAGAUCAUCAGUGAAAAGACUGUGUGACUAUGAUAUUUCUAAUGUCAUAAAAUGCAUGGAACAUGCCCUGAUAGCAAAGUACCCCAGGACACGAUACAGAGCUGGAUGGGAUGCAAAGUUCUUCUGGCUGUUUCUCUCCUAUGCCCCAAGCUGUCUGUCUGAUAUGCUGCUGCGCAUUACAUUUCCAGCUCCAGCAGAGAGCAGGAGACCAGUUCAUGGAGUUUUAAUGAAUGUUUAGCAUUAACACAGUAUCAGUUGUGCAGAAAUAAAUAUUUAUCCUA